UUACACUUGGCACAAUGCCCUCAGGCAAGUACCCUUUCCCUGGCAACCGCCAAACCCAGACACGUUCAUCAGAUUGCCAGACAGAGAAGUAUGAUUCAUCACUCCACAGAACACAUAUUCACUGCUCUAGAGUUCAGUGGUGUGACCAAGUUGCUGCCGUUCCCAGUUGCUUCCACUUUGUUAUAAUACCACUAACAGCUGACCGUGGAAUAUUUAGUAGAAAGGAAAUUUCACGAAUGGACAUAUUGCACAAGUAGCAACCUAUCACGGUACCACGCUUGAAUUCACUGAGCUCCUGAGAGAGACCCACUCUUUCACAAAUGUUUGUAGAAGCAGCCU